CACACACACACACACACACAGCAGACUCUGGCUCCUCGGCGGCAGAUAUGCGCGCAGGUUUAUGAGCAGAUGAACUCUUAUCUUAUCCAGUUUAAUAUAUGACUGUUUACAGCCGCAGUGACCCUGAGCUCGCACAUCAACAGCCCGAAGAUCAGUCAAUAACCGACGGCCACCGGGCAGAGGUCAGAACCCGCGGAGACACCGGCGACACCGGCUGCUGUUUCUGCUGUCAACAGAGCAGUCCUGAGGGGCCAAACAUCCAUGCGCGGAAAACUGCAGACUCAUGAUCGCGAGGAGAACCACAGGUGAUCUCUGAGACACACACACACACACACACACACUCCGUCACACGCACCGACACCGGCUCUCCUCAGACCGCGGCCGCGCGCGCAGCACCAUGGGCCGCUACAGCGGGAAGACCUGCCGCCUCAUCCUGAUGCUCGUCAUCACCGUCAUCUUCUUCGUGGCGGAGAUCGUGGCGGGCUACAUGGGCAACUCGGUGGCGCUGGUGUCGGACUCCUUCAACAUGCUGUCGGACAUCCUGUCGCUGUGCGUCGGGCUGACGGCGGCGCGGGUGUCGCGGCGCGCGGGCUCCGGGCGCUUCUCCUUCGGGCUGGGCCGGGCGGAGGUGGUGGGCGCGCUGGCCAACGCGGUGUUCCUGAUCGCGCUCUGCUUCUCCAUCAGCAUGGAGUCCCUGAAGAGGCUCGCGAUGCCGCAGGCGAUAGACGACGCGCCGCUGGUGCUGAUCGUGGGCUCGCUCGGGCUGGCGGUGAACCUGGUCGGGCUGGUGAUCUUCCAGGACUGCGGCCGGCUGUGCGGGCGGCGGGGCAAGGAGAAGAAGCGGGAGGAGCACCGGGAGGACCGGGAGCAGGAGCUGGAGCAGGUGGAAACAGGCCUGCAGGAGGAGAAGACUGAGAAAGAUGGAGCGCCGCUCAACAUCAGGGGCGUGCUCCUGCAUGUGCUGAAUGACGCUCUGGGCUCAGUGGUGGUGGUCGUGGCCUCGGCUCUGUUCUAUGUGUGGCCGCUGGAGCCGGAUCAGCCCUGUAACUGGCAGUGUUAUGUGGACCCGAGCCUGACGCUGGUGAUGGUGAUCAUCAUCCUGUCCUCCGCCGCGCCGCUGCUCAAAGAAACCACCACCAUCCUGCUGCAGAUGAGCCCCGAGGACCUGCCCGUCAGCGCCAUACUGGAGAGUGUGUGUCGGCUGCCGGGCGUCUCCAGUGUGCACGAGGCUCAUGUGUGGGAGCUGGCGAAGGGCAGGAACGUGGCGUCUCUGCAUGUGAAGCUGCAGGCUCCGGCAGGUGCGCUGUGGGCUCAGGUGUCGCUGCAGCAGCAGAUCACGCAGAUCUUCCACCGCGCCGGCGUGCACAGCCUCACGCUGCAGCUGGAGCUGGCUGACUCGGAUGCGGACUCCUCCUGCAGCGCCCCCUGCCUGUCCUCCUCCUGCCAGAAGCUGUCCUGCUGCCCCGCCGGCCCCGUGUGUGUGUGUGCGCCGCCCAGAGACAGCAGCACGGAGAAACACACACCUCAGGCCUGCACACACAGCUCCAAACUCUAGAGCAGGACUCUCCGCAUUCCUCCUGCAGGAUCUCCUGCGCACCGCAGCUUCAGCAUCUGCAGAUUAUUUAUUACUUCACACUAAUGCAGGAGUGUGUGCUGUGCGGCUCACACACCAACACACACACAACACACACACACAAACCUCAGAUACAGGACCUGCUUUACGACAAUCGAGCUGAUCGUGUGUGUGUGUGUGUGUGUGUUGCUCUCUAUAAUGACGCUUCUAGUGCCUUAAUGUCCAUUUAUAACCGCUCACACUACUAACAUAUGCAACUGAUCCUCCUCAAGACGUCUUCUGUCUGACGUGUGUGUGUGUGUGUGUGUGUGUGUGUGUUUCUGCUUCUGUUGAUCUGUGGUGAAUAUAUGCAGCCGAAGCUCAUCAUCAUCAUCAUCAUCAUCAUCAUCAUCAUCAUCAUCAUUAUCAUCAUCAUCAUCAUCAUCAUCAUCAUCAUCAUCAUCAUCAUCAUUAUCAUCAUCAUCAUCAUUAUCAUCAUUAUCAUCAUUAUUAUUAUUAUUAUUAUUAUUAUUCUGUAGGUCUUCCUGUUUUGAUUAAUCGUCUUCAUUUCUGCUGAUUUAAGAAAAUAAUGUGUUACAAUCAGGGUGUGUGUGUGUGAGAAUAGAAUGUGAUGUCCUGUAACUCUACACACUGCUCUGUCCUCUGUGUGUGUGUGUGUGUGUGUGUGUGUGUGUGUGUUAUUGUUUGAGUAAACUCAGCUGAAUGUA